UAGAUAAGAUAAAAUGAGAUAUUCAAACCUUGGGUACCACAUAUAAUUAUUUUUCUAUGUUAAGUACCUACAGGCAGAUCGUGAGUAAUCCUCCUCAUUCACUUUUAACAUUUGUAGGAAAGCUGUGCUACAAAAAUGUUUUCUGGAAAGAAUAAGAAGAAGGAAAAAUCUGGAAAUUCUUCUUCUGUUUAUGCAGAAAAAACUUCAGUGAAGAAAGGUAAUGAUGGGGUUACCACGACAAUUUUCCAUAGGUCAUCGUCUCAAAUAUUCUCAUCCACUGUCAAAGAAGAAAGAAGCGUUAGCUUUUCACGAGCAGGUGUCACAGAUCUGGCAGAGUUAACUUCAAAAUUAAACUUGGAAUACAAACCAAUCGCAUCAAGCAGUGCAUUUGGUGCUAGCAGUUCCAGAUAUCCCUACCUUACUAACAACAAUAUACUUCAACCCACACAAAUAGAUGCUAAAGCAUUUACCCAUCGUCCUCUCCCUCUUUCCCAGGGAAGCAACACGUUUCCUACAAAUACUACUUAUCGAACAGCGUUCGGUGGAACCACUACGGCUACUUACCCGUCAAGGCAUAGUACUUCACCGUAUAUUUCUGCGCAGAACGCACCAGUUUCCACGCAUGCCCAGUCUCAACCAAACAUCGUUUCUUCACUAAUUCCCGCGUAUCCCAAUAGUUGCCCGAAGAGGGGACGUGCAUUGAUAAUAAACAAUAUUAAGUUCGGAGGUAAGACCAACGAGCAAAGAAAAGGCGCUGAGAAAGAUCAUGAAGACCUUCAGAAGUUAUUUAGAGCUCUGAAUUUUGACGUCGUAGCCCACAAAAAUUUAAAGUCACAUGAAAUGAUGAAAGCCAUCAAAAACUUCAGGGCUUUGUCUUUUAAAAAGUACGAUAUGAGCGUUGUGGUGAUGAUGAGCCACGGGACCAACAAAGACUCGAAGGGAAAUUCAAUUAGUGGCGGUUACACCGAAAUUUUCGGGGUGGACGACGUCGGUUUGCCCAUAGACAGUGUUCUUGAUGAAUUCUCUAUUCAGAAUUCGAAACAGUUGUUGGGAAAACCGAAAAUAUUUAUAAUUCAAUGCUGCAGGGGCAGUUUGGAUGAGUCUUCUAUAACAGUAGACGCGGCGCCUAUAAGGAAGGUUGUUAAAGCGCAUGCCGACAUGUUGAUAGCAUUUUCUACACUUCCAGGAUUCGUUUCUAACCGUGAUCCAGUGAAAGGAACGUGGUACAUUCAAAGUAUCUGCGACAUAUUUUACAGAUAUCAUAAAACUUUCCAUGUUGAAGAGAUGCUGAAAUUGGUCGAUGUGGAGCUUUCCAAGAAACAUCCGGAUUACACACAGACCUCUACGUAUGAAAGCAGGGGCUUUAAGAAGUGCUACCUGCAUCCAAGAGAUCAGUAACCAAAAUUAUAAGUGAAAGCCGGAUUGACCUUAAAGUUGCAUUUUUUUGCACUUUCACUUUACUGUAUUAAUUGAAUAUAAGUGAUUUUUUGUCACCUUUAGGAUGAUCCGGCAGUAAAAAACAUAUGCUGUGUAUGAUAGAGAGUACCUGGUCCGUUAGGAUAUAUUGGCUGUGUAUAAAGAAAUCUACGCUUGACUUUGGGUGUUAGUCGUUGUUGACUGCCCACGGAAUUUCAAAUAAGUUAUUAAUGUUGUUUGUCAGAGCUGAACGAGACGGAUUUACAGAAAGUAUUAAUUGAAUGCUUCAAUACAUUCACACAUACAUAGAAUAGAGAAAUGAGUUGUCCUAAGCCCAGUUCUGUUAAGAUUUUUUAAUUUUUUUUUAUAUGUGCGGGGCGAUAGUUUUUGUUAUCAUCGUUCCACUGUUUUUUAUUUAAAAUUAUGAUUUUGAUGUUUUUAAGUACGAUUAAGUACAUAGUUUUCAAGUAUAGUAAUAUUUUAAAUAAAUCAACAUGCUUUAA